CCAUUGUUGGCGAACCCUAACUUUUGAUAGAACCCGGAGUUGCUCCUGCGGCUGCCCCUUCCGGGGUGGGGAAAAGUUCCAGGGUCUGGGGGCUGCCGAGACGCUAGCGCGCCCUCUUUAUACUGUCAGUCUCUCCUGCUGCUGCACCCGGCCCGGUGGUUCCCAGCCCCGGAGUCGGGUGUCCUAGGUAGCUUGAGGACACUGGAGCUGGGCAGUUGCCGACAGCCCGCCGCUUCUGCCCUCCCCGUCCUCGCCGCUUGGCGCCCCUGCCAGGCCGAUCUUCUGACUGCCAGAGCUAGGGGCCUCCGGAGACUACGUGCGGCCGCCGGCUCAGCUCGCGCCCACGCCUUCUGCUCCACUAGCCGCCUUAGCCGAGCGGAAAAGCCGGGAUACAUUGCCUGCCCGGGAGGCAGGGCGCUCCAGUACCCCACCCCGGAGCUUGGCGGUGCAUCUUUCCGCCCACAGACCGCUAAGAUCCCCUGCAAAUCCCAGCCAGACGGAAGCCCGAACUGACGUUGCAGGGACACUGGGUUCCCUAGGAGCCGCCCCAGGCUUAAUGAUUGUCCAGAAGGCAGCUAUAAAGGGAGCCUAGCAGGCUGGGUGGAGGAGGGAACAGAGAAAAACCAACUCAGCAAAUCUGAGCACUGAGAGCUACAAGUAGGAGCUGUGAUAAGAGGCUGCGUCCUGGCCUGCAGGGACUGCUCUUUUCUACCAUGGCACCCCAAAGCUAUGGCUAUUACCGCACUGUGAUCUUCUCAGCCAUGUUUGGGGGCUACAGCCUAUACUACUUCAACCGCAAGACCUUCUCCUUUGUCAUGCCAUCAUUGGUGGAAGAGAUCCCUCUGGACAAGGAUGAUUUGGGGCUCAUCACCAGCAGCCAGUCAGCAGCCUAUGCCAUCAGCAAGUUUGUGAGUGGGGUGCUGUCCGACCAGAUGAGUGCUCGCUGGCUCUUCUCCUCUGGGCUGCUCCUGGUUGGCCUGGUCAACGUAGUCUUUUCCUGGAGCUCCACAGUACCUGUCUUUGCUGCACUCUGGUUCCUUAAUGGCCUGGCACAGGGGCUGGGUUGGCCCCCUUGUGGGAAGAUCCUACGGAAGUGGUUUGAGCCAUCUCAGUUUGGCACUUGGUGGGCCAUCCUGUCAACCAGCAUGAACCUGGCUGGAGGGCUGGGCCCUAUCCUGGCAACCAUCCUCGCCCAGAGCUACAGCUGGCGCAGCACACUGGCCCUGUCUGGGGUACUGUGUGUGGUUGUCUCCUUCCUCUGUCUCCUGCUCAUCCACAAUGAACCUGCUGAUGUUGGCCUCCGUAACCUGGACCCUACCCCCUCCAAGGGCAAGAAGGGCUCCUCGAAGGAGGAGAGUACCCUACAGGAGCUGCUGCUGUCCCCCUAUCUGUGGGUGCUCUCCGCUGGCUACCUUGUGGUGUUUGGAGUAAAGACCUGCUGUACAGACUGGGGCCAGUUCUUCCUUAUUCAGGAGAAAGGACAGUCCGCCCUUGUGGGUAGCUCCUAUGUGAGUGCCCUGGAGGUUGGGGGCCUUAUAGGCAGCAUUGCAGCUGGCUACCUGUCAGACAGGGCAAUGGCAAAGGCGGGGCUGUCUGUCUACGGGAACCCUCGCCACAGCCUGUUGCUGUUCAUGAUGGCUGGCAUGACAGUGUCAAUGUACCUCUUCCGGGUUACAGUGACCAGUGACUCCCCCAAGAUCUGGAUCCUGGUGUUGGGAGCUGUUUUUGGUUUCUCCUCUUAUGGUCCUAUUGCUUUGUUUGGAGUCAUAGCCAAUGAGAGUGCCCCUCCCAAUUUGUGUGGCACCUCUCAUGCUAUUGUGGGACUCAUGGCCAAUGUGGGCGGCUUUCUGGCUGGGCUACCAUUCAGCACCAUUGCCAAGCACUACAGUUGGAGCACAGCCUUCUGGGUAGCUGAAAUGAUUUGUACAGCCAGCACAGCUGUGUUCUUCCUGCUCCGAAACAUCCGCACCAAGAUGGGCCGAGUGCCCAAGAAAGCUGAGUGAAGACUGCAGGCUCUGGAGUACCCUCUCACCUACCGUCUCCCUUUGCACACAGUGGGGUGCAGAAAGGGAGUGUUCCCUCUGGCUAGCACUCAAGCUUUGAUGUUCUGUUUCGGCGCCUUCUCUCAUUCAGGUGGCACUGGAAGUUAUCAGUAGCUAAUGAGGUCCCUGUUCCUCAUCCUAUGCUCUAUUUAAAAGAUAACCUUUGUUCUUGGACUCCUUAGCUCCUAUUUCCUGCUUUCAGAGGAAUAGGUAACUCCUGCAGUCGGGGUAUGUACUGUACCCUUCUUCUUCUCCUGGGCCCUACCCUACCUAUUCCCACCUACCUAUUCCCUGAAGCUGCAAGGCACCAAUAACCUGUGACUUCUCUGCCCUAAGGCCUCUCAGCAGUGGGCAGUAGCUAUUACCAAUACCUCAAGUCCCCAGUGGAAGAGAGAAGGCCACCAUUCUCAUCAACAGCUUGAGUACAGUACAGGGUAUGGAUGGAAGGAGAAGGUGACUUGUAGAUUAAAACUAGAUUUGAUACUGAA